GAAUGGUUCUGUCCAGUCACACCGGGAAAUUACAGCCUGGGAUUUGACUUCUGAAUGAUGUCCCUUGGACUUGUGCCCUUGAAGGCAUUCUCGCGAUAAGCUUGAAAAUUUUACCAACAUUCCCUUCCUUUCUGGAAGCCAUUCUCGGGGUUCCAAGGCCUCUCAGCGGUCACUUAUAUGAAUCAAACAUUCCUCUGGUCAUAGAGGGCUUACUUUUCCCAUGAUUGUAAUAAUUUCGAAACACGGUGAUUUCCGAAGUCACUUCAGUGGAUUAAAAUCGCAAAUAGUUCGAUUGGUGGUGGAACUGCAACCUCGUUGACGUGUUGUAGUUACAGUACCAGAUGAUUCUUGUCAGCUAAGUGCCUGCAUCCGCCUCCUGAUCCGGAAAACUUCGCAUAUAAAGCAGAGGUUCAGUUGCCAUCAACAUCACACUGCACUUCGCUCACUCACAUUCGAAGCCUACCGAAGUUUUCUGCUUUGUUUCUCUCUCUGCUCCUGCAUUCGAUCAUGGCUAACCAAAAGCAGCUCGCUCUUCUCGGACUGGCUCUCCUGGUGAUUCAGGGAGUUAUUGCCUACGAUCCGACCAUCACCAUGGACUUCGGCUUCAUGAACGCCAGCACCGGCGAGGACUUCACCAGCAGGGCGUUCAGCUCCAACAUGCUCCCACCAAACCCCUCUGCAGGAGGACUCGUUUUGGUGCCCCAAUUCGCAGCUCAAUUCCCCGGAGUGACUGGCCUUGGAAUCUCCUCCCUCUUCUUCAAGCUCGGAACCGGAGGAUUGGUGCCUCCUCACUUCCACGCUCGUGCUACUGAAAUCUUCUUCGUCCUUUCCGGAACCUGGGAUGUUGGUUUCGUCGACAGCGCCAACAAGCUCUACUCUGCCAAGCUGAAGGCUGGUGACCAAUUCGUCUUCCCCCAGGGAUUGAUCCACUACCAGAUGGCCGGAAGCUCGUCCGCAACUGGAUACUCUGCAUUCAACAGCCAGAACCCCGGAGUGACUCUGAUCGCCUCGAACGUCUUCGCCUCUAUGCCCGAGAUCCCCAGCGGUGUGUUGGAAGCUGCCUUCAAGGUCGACGCCAUGACCGUGAUGAACAUCAGAAAGGCUCUGAUGGGCUAAGCUCUCCAAAGACUGGUUAUGAUAGGGCCAGGAUUCAGUUACCAGAAGGGACAAUUUUUUCGGUCGACUUGUUUGCUAGAUUCAACCGGAUAGUUAACUAGUUUGGCACUCUCUCGGUGCUCAGUCGACUCUAUGUUAUCAUUUCUCCCAAAUUAAAUGUAUUUUACCUUGAAGAACGACG